AUGACAGCUUCUAUCUCCUUGUCAUCAUCAUCGCCAGGGAAGCAACCGCAGGGAGACAAUACAAAAUAUGGGGUGACAAUGAAGGAGUGGUCGAGGGGUGGUGGAACGGAAGAAGCAGAAACAGAGCCACGAACUAUAUAUUCCGAUACGUUCACGAAAUCACUUCACGUUGCAAUUUCAGAGUCCACACCCGAUACGUUGCCAGUGCUCACAACCCAGCCGAUCCGUUCUCGCGAGGCACCCGCCUCAUUAUCGACUACGACACACCUUACACCACAGCCGAACGCCGCGAGCACAGCUCUCCUGAACGCAUUGCUUAUGAACCUAAACCGGAGCGACCCUCUUUACGGCCAUCAUACGACCAGUGGCACUCUGAAGAAGAAGGACGUUUACUCACUGCCUUUGAGGACACUUGGUAGCCGGCCGGCCACUUCGAACUAUCCUACUGCUACUACCCUUCCUGUGAAUACCGUAGCUACACAUACUAUUCGUCCAUAUCCAGUGAAUUUAACACCUAUAUUUUCUGCCCUAUGCCCGCACUGUGCCGCUCGCGAACGUCUAAUCCUCUGGAAACCCGCCACUCAGCGUAACUUUCAAGACUCAACAGGAUCUCCAUUAGAUCUUCCAGAUGAAUUUGUGAACCGUAUUCAACGCGUACUCACGAAUGGGUAUGCAGAAAGCACCCUCAAAACUUAUGCCUCCGGACGGCUAUCGUUCCAUGUAUUCUGCGAUUCACGUAACAUCCCGGAAGCUCAACGCGCCCCGUGCAGCAGUGAUUUACUCAACGCCUGGAUAUCCACCAUGGCAGGUCACUACGCAGGCACUUCAGUCAAAAACUAUGUUCAUGGCGUCCGGGCAUGGCACAUCAUCCAUGGCAUCGAAUGGAAGACGAACAAGGAUUCCCUCGACACCAUGAUACACGGAGCAGAACGUCUCCAGCCAGAACGAUCGCGCCGAAAAAAGAGGAUGCCGUUCACUCAGGACUACAUCGCCAGAUUACUGGAAGACUUCGACACUUCCAACCCCUUCGAUGCAGCAUGCAGUGCCUGCCUUACGACAAGCUUUUAUUGCGCAGCAAGGGUAGGCGAACUAACCGUAGUCAACCUGAAAGACUUCACUCCCGAAAAAUACGUCACCACAGCUCACGUUCGGAAAGCCACCGAUCGGAACGGGUUCGAAACCACCGUCCUACACGUUCCACGCACCAAAAGCAAUCAACUAGAAGGAGAAGAUCUCUACUUCUCGAAACAAUUAGGCUCUACAGACCCAGAAUCACUACUCCAAAAUCACCUCGCAGUCAACAAACCCAACUCUUCGGAACACUUAUUCUCAUACCAACACAAAGCUGUCCGAAGACCCCUCACGAAGCAUGCAUUCAUCCAACACAUCAGCAAGGCAGCCAAGAACCGGGGCCUACCCGUCCUCCAAGGCCAUGGCAUCCGCAUCGGCGCCACCCUCGAAUACCUCCUCCGAGGGGUCCCUUUCGAUGCCGUCCGCGUAAUAGGCAGGUGGAAAAGUGACGCCUUCCUACUAUACCUACGGAAACAUGCCGAAAUCAUGGCACCAUAUAUGCAGCCGGAGUUACACCAAGAACUGAUACGCUACACAAUGCCCCCAGUAAGAUGUGAGUGCCCUCCUCCAAUGCGGGUAUCCACGGUCGCUGGAUGCGUCGUGCACUCCUACGCUCCGGGAAUCACAGCUGACCGUGCAUACCUCUUCCUCAGAAUCUCAUUGCCGCUGGGACCCGAAGGCCUUCGGCCUUCUCCCAAUGUGCAUAAGCCCUCAAGAAAAACAUAUAUAUACACUCCCAUAUCUGUACAUACACGAUGUACAGUCCCCGUUGAUUCUAAUGCAUCACCCUAG